GCAGACUGGCGGGGGUGGGGGGAAACUCCCCUGUUCCAGUGGUCCUCCGAAGUUUACCCCGGCGGGUGCACAUGGAUCGGAGCUUGGGUCGGGUUCACCGAGCCUUUUUUUGGGAGCUCUGUCCACCCGUCUCCCCGGCCGACAUCAUCUAACCAUCACCACUUCAAUUUUCGACGGUUCACGCCUUUUGCCUUUCGUCGUACCCAGGAAAGCAAGAGACGGGACACGGAUUCCCUUGCUCUCUUGCAGUUCGUCCACGAUGCCUCCACGACUCCCAUUGAGGCCAAUCGCAGGUCGCGCCGCCUCUUCCCCGACUGCCGCAAAGCAGAAUGCAGCAUUCCCUUGGCCUGCAGUAUGCUUGUUCUGCUCGCUUACCACGCCCUCGCGACCCACGACGAGAACGAACACCACCAUAAACAGCCGCAACCAAGCGAGAAAGGCAUUGAGGCAACGCCGCUUCCAGUCCACCGAGUCGACAGCAUCACCACCAGCCCCAGAGACCACCGCACCCGAGAACCCUAGGCAAGAACUCAUCGACACCCUCCUAGAGCUCCAAAAACACGCCGUAAACCACGUCAACCUCUCUCGCCUACAGCUCGCGCUCCAGGGCCUGCGCCAGGAUCCCGGCCAGGAGUCGAUCCGCAUCGCAAUCCUCUCCCUCGCCAACGGCAGCGCGGAGCAGGGCAAGGCGGCAAAGGACCUUCUCCGAUUACUUCUCGCGGAUCCCCUGGGCGACGAGGCGGAGUGGGAAAGGGAGCUGGCGCAGCAUGAUCCGUUGCACCCGCUCGUGGUGCGCAUUGGGCAGGAGCAUAAUGCGGCGGAGGCUGCGCCGCGCGUGACGAUAUCCAAGACGAAUUUGCUGCAUGAGCUCGAUGUGUCGUCGCCUGCGCUCAAUGGGCACGGGAUUGAGCUGUUGUUGAUGGAGGUUAACCCCUUUAGCUCUGUGCCGGGACCGGGCGAGACGGCGGUGCAGGACGUCGAGGAGGCUGUUCUUGUGCCGACGGUGGAUAUCCCGUCCAACACGGGACGGUACACGCCUAUUACGACGCCGGUGCACAAGGCUUUGGUUGUUUCUGGGGGCGUUAUGGGCGCUGCUUCGGUUGCGGCUCUGCCGUUGGCUGAAUACCGCGAUACCGUCUUUGGGGCCGUAAAUUUGCCAGAGUACUCUGUUGAGAAGGAGGCGGGCGUCACGUUCCAGCCGAUUGAUGUGUCGGUGGGCAGCAAGGGGCUUGAUCUUAUUCGCCAGAACAUUGGCAAUGCUAUGGAGUACGAGAGGGCAUGGUACAAGAGUAAUGUGCCCGUCCUUAUUCAAUGGCUCAAGACAGGCGUGCAGACGGACGAGGGUCAGGCUACCAAGCCAGCAGUCCGUCUCCUGGUCGCCUCACUCCUCCGCAACGCCCUCGCAGAGAUUGAAGCCGAGGAAUCGCGCUUGCUUUCAGGACGCCUGUCCACAGAGGCCGCGUCGUCCGGACUGACCGUCAUGAACGAGAGACUAGCGCAAUGGUCCCAGUUCGCCCACGAGGAGCUCCAGCAGCAGCUCGACCUCGCGUUCGCGGGCACGAGGUGGCGCAAGCUGGGCUGGUGGAAGCUCUUCUGGCGAGUCGACGACGUAGGCGUCCUCACGACCGACAUGCUCAGCCAGCGGUUUCUCCCCGGCGCGGAGAGGGAGCUGGUCUACUUAGCUGGCCGCAUCGCCGAAUCGGGCGUCGCUUCGACCACCGAACCACCCAUCUACGCCCAGCCGACAUCCGAACUCCAAAAGUCCCUGCCCGAGAGCAGCACCGUCGCCAAAGCCGUGACACAGAAGCCCAAAUGGCCCACGCACAUCGCCUUUACGCGCCGCUACCUCCACGAGGAAACCGUUCCUGCACUACAGGCCCUCGCGCAGAAGCUCGUCCUGCAGGCCUCGAGCACCUCUGCCCUGACGACGGCGCUAGCGGGCCUGCUAUACGUAUCGCAGUACGCUUCCUCCAUCUACGAGGCCGGUGCCGUCGCGGCGCUGGGCGUGAUGUGGAGCUUGCGCAGGUUGCAGACCAAGUGGGAGACGGCGCGGACGUAUUGGGAGGGUGAGGUGCGAGAGGAAGGGCGCAAGGCUGUGCGGGGCGUGGAGCAGAGCGUCGCGGAUACGCUUGAUGGGUCGCGGGAGGGGGCUGCUAUUGAGGGCGCGGAGGAGCUUCGCAGGGCCAAGGAGCUUGUUGAGAAGGCCGAGGACGCGCUUAAGCGGUUGAAGUAGAGGUGAUAUGGACAAGAAGGAGGUGUUUGCACGUCACGAGGUUUGUAUCAUCAUCUGUAUAAUGUAUAAACACAAUGUCCAUGAUAGACAUACACAUGCAUGCACGAAGUUCGGAUACCAGACAAAAAGAUAAGAGAUUUUGGGCGCCGAGAGGGGCGUUUGCAUUCUAUUGCUGCGGUCUCUUGGGCUUGAGUACCUAGCUUUCUAUGUCAGCUGAGGGUUGAUUGACGGCUAGCUCUUCAAAAUUAGAGAAAGAGUGAGGCCUACCCUAGCGACCGUCUUUUCCCACAUGCUGGCCGACCAGUGA